CAUAUGUGUCUGAGUAUCUCAAACCCACCCCUAUAAAACUCCCUUUUAAGUAUCUUCUUGUCUAUUAAUUUCUGUGUUUGUGUCAAAGACUGAUCUAUACAUUGCUUCCUGCUGUGUGCUCCAUUUAACAAAACCAUCGUUCUUACUUCAAACUGCCAGUCUCAGUUUGAAGCAAAUCAGGCCCUUGCAAACCACAGUGAGUGUUCUUCAUAUCAAAUCAUACUUCCUCUCUUCUGUACAGUCCUUUCUUGAGGACAGUCCUUUCUUGAGGACUGGAGAGCUAUGAGUAAAAGUUACUCACAAAUUUCUCACCAAAGUUGAUUCUAACUUUAGAAUCAAUUAUAAAAGCAUUUCCAAAUAUGCACUUAUAGCAUGGAAACUUCUCCUUUCUCAGAAUCAAUUCAUACACACCCCCAUAUAAUUUUUUACAUCAGAAACAAUUCUAGAAGGACUUCCAAACAUGCACUGAGUGACGAGUGAAAACGUGAUUAACUUUUAUGGUUUCACUUUGUCAUGACUGUGUGCAUCCCCUGAAGCUUAUUCAGGCUACAAAAUCUUGAAAUUUUACACCUUUCCCCCAUUUUUCUUGCUUCACUGGUUGUUCAUGGAGUACUUGAAGGAACUAGAAAGGAAAAGUGUCCAUGAUUAUUAUUAGCAGUUAAGUAUAUGUUUGGUUUUCAAUUCAUAUGCGUUACGAGACAACUUCAACGAAAAUCACGAAUUCUAAAGCAACAAACUUGAAGCAAACAUCUUACUUCCGUUGGCUUGAAUGUGUUUUCAAGCCGAUCUUUAGCUUAAAUCCAAACACACUGUUUAAGAUGGCUAAAAUGACAAGGCCUACAUGGGUUCCGGGACCGGUCAUAGUAGGUGCCGGUCCAUCCGGGCUAGCUGCAGCAGCAUGUCUUAAAGAAAAAGGCAUUCCAAGCCAAAUCCUUGAAAGAGCUAGUUGCUUAGCUUCAAUGUGGCAGCUCAAGACUUAUGACCGUUUGUGCCUUCAUCUUCCAAAGCAAUUCUGUGAGCUUCCUCUCAUGCCAUUUCCUAAAAACCUUCCCUCUUAUCCAUCCAAACAACAAUUCUUGGCUUACUUGAAGGCUUAUGCUGAUCAUUUUGAUAUAAAACCAGCUUUCAACAAGACAGUGGUCAGUGCCAAUUUUGACCAUAGAUGUGAAUGUUGGAGGGUGAAGACUCAAGGUGUUGAAAUGGAUGAGACAGAAGAAUAUGUUUGUCAGUGGCUGAUAGUUGCUACAGGAGAGAAUGCUGAGGAGGUUGUGCCACAAAUUGAAGGAAUUGAUGAGUUUGAAGGGCCUACUUUACACACUAGCACAUAUAAGAGUGGCAGUGUGUUUUGUGGGAAGAAAGUUCUGGUGGUUGGAUGUGGGAAUUCAGGCAUGGAGGUUUGUUUGGAUCUCUGCAACCAUAAUGCUCUCCCAUCCCUUGUGGUAAGAGAUACGGUGCAUAUCUUGCCUCAGAAUAUGUUUGGUAAAUCAACUUUUGGUUUAUCUUUGAGUUUACUCAAGUGCUUUCCCAUAUGUCUUGUGGAUAAAUUUUUACUUCUAAUGUCACAUCUAAUGCUGGGGAACACAGCACAAUUUGGACUUGAUCGUCCUAAAAUUGGCCCCCUGGAGCUCAAAGACUUGGAAGGCAAGACACCAGUUUUGGAUGUUGGGACACUUGCUCAUAUAAAAAGUGGAAAAAUUAAGGUUUGCCGGGGAAUUAAACUAGUAAGACAGCACGAAGUGGAGUUUGUUGAUGGAAAAAUAGAGAAUUUUGAUGUCAUCAUUCUUGCAACUGGUUACAAAAGCAAUGUACCCUCUUGGCUAAAGGGUACAGACAUGUUUUGUGAGGAAGAAGGAUUCCCAAAUGGAUGGAAAGGUGAAAAUGGAUUGUAUGCCGUGGGUUUCUCUAAACGUGGCCUGCUUGGUACAUCUAUUGAUGCUAAGAGGAUUGCACAAGAUAUUCAACAUUGCUGGAAAUUAAGCUGCUGAGACUACACAUGGUGGUAGCUAGGAUGAAUAAGUGAUCUAUUGUACUAAAUAACACAAUUCUAUAUAAAAAUCUUAUAUCAAUGCAUUCUCUCUCUCUGUUUUUUUUUAGAGAUUCUCUUAUCUCUAUGCAGACUCAAAAUAGUUUUGCAGGAAGGAUUUUAUCAUGUGAGAUAAUAGCUUCUCUACAAUUGUACAAAGUUGUUCCUCGAAAUAAUAAAAGAUAUCGA